GCCCCCGACCGUGCGAUCGCUAACACGCGUACCAGGACGGCAGCAACGCGCGGGAGAUGCACAGGAACCGCAUAGAAAGAACCGCGUCCAAACGAUGGCGGGGCACCGUGCGGCGUAUUGUGUCUGCUGCUGUUUAUAACCUAUCCUGUUUUACCCACGGCUGCAGCACCGGAUGGGUAUCAGGAGUACUAGGGAGCGAGGCGUUAACAGGAGGUGCCUGGUUAGCCGCGCUACCGUGUCUGGUCGCGUUGCCAGCUGCGCCAUUUUUCGCGGUGCUAGCUGACGCGAGAGGACGCAAGGCUGGGGCUUUUUGUAUCUGCGUUAGUUUUAUUAUAAGCUGGUCGUUAGCAGCAUGGUGUGGACCCCGAGGAGUUUGGGCUGCCAGGGUAGCAGCCGGCGCAGGAGGUGCAGGUGCUCUCGCACUGGCACCGCUGUACUGCGCAGAAAUCGCCCCAAGGACAAGAGGGUUGGCUGCAAUGCCUUCAUUAGCUUGCAGUUGCGGAAUUCUGUUCGCGUACGCAGCCGGCGGUAUACUGUCUGCACAUGCACUAUCGUUGUCAAUGGCGGUACCGCCUUGUGUGCUCCUGGUAUCGCUCAUCUGGCUGCCAGAGACACCAUCAUUCCUAAUUAGCGUUGGGAGGAUACAGGAUGCAGCAAAAAUAAUCUGCUGGUUUGACGGCUCUGACUUCCGAGAAGACUUGACGGACGUGAUAGAACAACAAGAAGUAAAGAUUAGGACUUCAGACUGCUAUGGGAGACGGGACCCCAUCCGAAGGCAGGACUCUGAUACAUUCCAGCCGAUGUUGAAGAGGAGCAGUGGAUUGGACUCCAAUUCUGAGAAGAAAAGAGAGCAGUCGGCUUGUAGGGAGCUGUUUCGACACAGACGCACGCGUCGCGCCCUAUUCUCAUGCCUGGUGCUACUGAGCGCUGCUGCAGGCAGUGGCGCGGGCGCAGUGAACAGCUUCGCGGCAGCAGUACUGCGACACUCCACGCACAGCGUCCCACAUCUCAACGUUACGGCUUACAACUUCACUAUGUAUAAUGGAACUGCACCGCGCUCACUAUUCGAGCCAUCAGAAGCCGGCUCUAUACUAUGCGGUACUGCACUAGUCCUUGGAGCCGCGGUAGCUACUGUUUCCGUAGACAAACUUGGCAGAAAGAUGCUGCUGCUCUGGUCGUGUUCAGGUAUAACCUGUUGCCUCGCAAUACUAGGAGCGUACUGUGACCCCAACAUACGUCUGUACUCCUGGUACUCUCACCGCUUGUGGCCUUACAAACGUACGCACAAUAUCAAAGAAAAGGGCUUGCAAUUGACAGAAAACUUCACACAAGUUAAUACAAUUCCAGAAUGGAAGAAUUAUACAAACGAUACUUCCAGAUUUAGAGUGGUACUAGAGAAUGGCAGUGUUCCUGGAGAAUGGAAAGUCCAGAAUAUAACAAAUGUGGAAGAAGAUUCGGAGAAAUCAGAAGAAAAUUUAUGGGCCCCUGUAGCUUUGAUGUCAGUGGUGCUGUUUUUGUACAAUAUAGGAUUGGGAUCCGUGCCUUAUGUACUUAUAUCUGAAUUGUUUACCAUCAAUGUAAGAAGCCUAGCAUCUAGUCUCCUAAUAUCAUGGAUGUGGCUUAGCAGUUUCUUCAUUCUUCGGUACUACGGCACCAUCGCCGUCUCUGUAGGCCUCCACGGCACCUACUACAUCUGCGCCUCCAUCACACUCCUAGGAUCCUUGUACAUAUUCUUCAUCAUACCUGAGACCAAAGGGAAAGCCCAAGAACAAAUCGACGAAGCACUCGAUGGACCUCUAUUGGUGAUUAAACGAAAGAGAAAGAACCGCGAUCAACGAUGACAGAGAAUUCCUAAAGUAUUUACAGUGUUCUUCUCAUCAUUAUAAGCUGCUAUGAGUUCAUGAUGCCCUGGUAGGGCGGGAGUUUGCCAAAUGGAAGUCGCUCAAUUAUUAUUAAUGGCGGUUGACAAACAUAUCGAGGUAAGAGUGUUCCGAAGCUAGUGGUCCGAGAUCCCAGAGCUGUCAGACAUAUGUUAUUUUUACAAGCAUUUAACCUUCGGCUUACAGUAGUCUUGUAUAUACUUUUUAAUGUCUGAAUGUUUGUAAAGCUGGCCGAGUGACACCAGCGCAGGUACCAGGUGAGAAAGGUGACUAAAAAUUAGACUAACUUAACUUAUUUUUUUAUGUCUGAUUUUUAUAUAUGUUUUGUAGAAUAUUAAUCUGAAAUCAUAUUAAAAAAAUCAGACACUUUCCAUGGACCAAAACUUUUGUCAGACGCUUUAAAGCUGUAAGAAAAAUAAAUAAACUUAAUUUAUUUUUUAAUGUCUGAUUUUUUUAUAUGCUAUUAAGAUAACUAUUACAAUGUCAUAUUUAAUUAGUCAGACAAAUUGCAUGGACCAAACUUCCCCUAAAUACCAAAAUUACUCAACCAUGUGUAUGAACGCGAGAGCACUAUGCACAUGCGCUUCAGACCGAGUGAGACAUCCAUGGUAACUCGGUUCCCGUUCUUAAACUCACAAUCUAUUACUGUAGGUACUACUGCACAUGUAUGUGUAUAUACUAUGUGCACACUUUUUAGGGUUCCGUAGCCAAAUGGCGAAAAACAGAACCACAAUUAAGGUUCUGUAGUCUAUCUUCCAAUCGUUUGGCAGAUAGACACUUCCAAAGUGGAAAAAUGAGUGCCUCCCUCUAACUUUAUUAAUAAGAGAGUUAGAAAUCUAAAAAAAACAUAUGCUGUAGAUUUCAAUGGAAAUUUUACACGAAAAUUGGUUUUAACGAGAUAUCAUUAUUAGUUUUUAAGAAAUAUGCACCUCUGCCUACCCCUUCGUGGAUUAAGGGCGUGACGAUAUGUAUGUAUAUGUAUGUAUUUUUAAGAAAUAAUACAUUUUCAAAAAACGCAAAUAUAACUUUGUCGUUCAUACAAAUACUAAGCAAGUUAUUUUAUAACUUUUUUAUUAUGUAAUCUACCUGCUGCUACGGAACCCUUCAUGGGCGAGUCCGACUCGCACUUGGCUUUAUUUUACUAUACAUCAUACUUCUAUAUUCGGGUUUUUGCGACCAUAUUGUUAUAGGGUAAUGAAAUCACUUUGUUCUAUGUAAAAUAUAGAAAAACUUUAAUAUAACUUUAAAAAAACAACGAACCUAGAAAUCGAUGACCGCUUUCUACGGGCCAAUUACAUCACCAGUUUAUGGAAUAAUGCAGAUAAAAAAUUACCAACAACUUUUGCUCCGGAAAACAACGGAUGGACGUUGGAAGAUGGCCAAUAUCUUUUUUAUUGGUUUGAUGGUGACCAAUUACCAGAAUUCGUCAGUGAUUCACUUCAAGAACUAGGUAACGUAAUUUGCUUUCUGGUUUGCAAUUUAUUAUAUUGAUUGUUCAAUUUGUUUAAUGUUUAUCUUUUUGUUUUUACAGAACAUGCUGCUAGCAACAAUAACACGUCAGAUGGUGAUGAGGAUGAUGACUUGGAUGAACGCGAUAUACUAAAUGAUGAAAAUUAUAAUUCUAAUUACUUUGAUGAUGAUGAAGAUGAUUAAAAUCAACUAAAUGAUUUAUAUUUAAAACAAUUUUAAGUAACUCUGACAAUGACAUCUUAUAAAUAUCUAUUGGAUCCAAAUACGGCGAGGCCUAUAAUAAUUUUCGGAUUUACGAAAAAUUUCUCGGUAGUAGCACAGAGUCUGGAAUUGUGUCCAGUAUAUGGCAAUAGGCUCACCCCCUAUUACAUGGGACUUAUAACACAAAUGGUGAAAAGUGGGUGUACAUUGUACAGCGGCAUUACGUGCCGUAAUGUCACCUCUGCCUACCCCUUCGGGGAUAAAAGGCGUGACGUUGUGUGUGUGUGUAUAUAUAAAAUAAAUGUUAUUUUCUUUAAAAGACAGCUGCUCAGAAAUAGUUUGUUUUUGCCUGUUUAUGCAAUUUUUUUUUGCUGCUGUUGACAUUUUCCUGCACUGUAGAAGGCAACAGUUUUAUUAUUAGUAAUAGAUAAAAUAAAUGUUAUUUUCUUUAAAAGACAGCUGCUCAGAAAUAGUUUGUUUUUUCCUGUUUAUGCAAUUUUUUUUUGCUGAUGUUGACAUUUUCCUGCACUGUAGAAGGCAACAGUUUUAUUAUUAGUAAUAGAUAAAAUAAAUGUUAUUUUCUUUAAAAGACAGCUGCUCAGAAAUAGUUUGUUUUUGCCUGUUUAUGCAAUUUUUUUUGCUGCUGUUGACAUUUUCCUGCACUGUAGAAGGCAACAGUUUUAUUAUUAGUAAUAGAUAAAAUAAAUGUUAUUUUCUUUAAAAGACAGCUGCUCAGAAAUAGUUUGUUUUUGCCUGUUUAUGCAAUUUUUUUUGCUGAUGUUGACAUUUUCCUGCACUGUAGAAGGCUACAGUUUUAUUAUUAGUAAUAGAUAAAAUAAAUGUUAUUUUCUUUAAAAGACAGCUGCUCAGAAAUGAUUUGUUUUUGCCUGUUUAUGCAUUUUUUUUAAUUAAUAAUUGUUUUUUAAAUUAUAUUUUUUUCUUUAUCUAUAAAUAUUCAUAUUAAACGUAGUAAGUUUUUUUAAAAUAUUAAGAUAUUUUAGUCUGAAGCGCAUGUGCAUAGUGCUCUCGCGUUCAUACACAUGGUUGAGUAAUUUUGGUAUUUAGGGGAAGUUUGGUCCAUGCAAUUUGUCUGACUAAUUAAAUAUGACAUUGUAAUAGUUAUCUUAAUAGCAUAUAAAAAAAUCAGACAUUAAAAAAUAAAUUAAGUUCAUUUAUUUUUCUUACAGCUUUAAAGCGUCUGACAAAAGUUUUGGUCCAUGGAAAGUGUCUGAUUUUUUUAAUAUGAUUUCAGAUUAAUAUUCUACAAAACAUAUAUAAAAAUCAGACAUAAAAAAAUAAGUUAAGUUAGUCUAAUUUUUAGUCACCUUUCUCACCUGGUACCUGCGCUGGUGUCACUCGGCCAGCUUUACAAACAUUCAGACAUUAAAAAGUAUAUACAAGACUACUGUAAGCCGAAGGUUAAAUGCUUGUAAAAAUAACAUAUGUCUGACAGCUCUGGGAUCUCGCUCUAUAGAAAUUAAAUGACGAUAUUAAUUUUACAAUGGUAUGGAAAGUGGUGUAAGCUGAUGAGUAUUGCAUUAUGUAUUAGUACUUACUAAUUUCAGUCUCAUGAUGUGAUUAACCGCUGUAUAUGUAAACCUACCUAUUUUUCAGUUUACUCUAGAAAAAUUGCACACAUUUUUUAGUUUAUGAAUUUUCUUUAUAGCAAAAGUAUUUCCAUAACCUCAUUCACUCGACAGAUUAAUUUCUCGAUUUCUAAUCAAAUAAAUCAUCGUUUUCUUAAAACGUGAGCCCCAAAAAAACUAAUUAAUGUGAAAUGUUUGUGAUAGUUAUUUAAGUAUCGGAUUUAAUGUAAUGAAUGCACAAAUUAUAUUGAAUGUAAGUAGGUGCGGUUUGGUCAUAAUGAGAAUAGAUCAUUGAUAAUACAAUUUAAGCAUUGAAUUAUUUUUUUUGUAAGAACAUGUAAAGAAUUUAUAGGGCUCCAUCAAAGAAUUAAUUACUUUUAAUGGCUUACACAUAUUACUGUUUGUUGAGGUAGCUCGACUAGUUUCGAGCCACGCUAGGGACUCAUACUCAUACUCAAUACUAUGAAAUCAUGAUUAGAUUGUUCUUAUUAUGACCAUCAAUACAUGUUUAUGUGUACACUUUUAAGUACUUAAUCGUACUGCCAACAAUAUAUUUAAGUAUAUUAUGUGUUCUGAUAAAGGUGUACAUAAAUGGCGAUGUGUGUUUCUAAAGUACAAUCGAUGAAUUUCAAUCAUGACCCACUUUGGUUAUAAGUCAUUUGAAAUGGUGAAAACCAAGAUCGUUUACCAUGAGCUGCGGACUACCUAGCAGGUCUACCGGGGCUCCGGUUCGAAAAGCAGGAGUAGGAACGGGGUGGUUUUAAGUCAGUAAGAGUUUAACACUCCUUCUCGCCUCGCCCAAGGCGAGAGAAGUCAUUGGAUGAUUUUUCCCCCUCAAGGAAAAAGAUAUCGUUUACCAUGGAACUUUAUGUUUAAGGGAACGUAAUGUGAAAGGGAAAUAGUGGGUCAUGAAUAAAAUUCGUUGAUUAUAUUAUUAUAAAUAGAUAAAUAUUGAUAAAAUUGUUGUAACAAUAAGAAAUUACUGUAUUUUAUAGCAGAAGCCGUGUUGUACCAAGUAGAUGUUGCUCACACGAUGUCAAUAUUGUAAUAUAAGUGUGAUAAUAUUUUUCUAUUAGUCACUUUGUGAUAAUUGUAUGAUAUUAUAGGACGAACGAAUUAGUGGACAUACUUCACUCAUUAGUAAAGAUUGUAACAGUGAUCAAUAGCAACAGAAAACAUAUUUCAACUUCUAUCAGUUCGGUUUAAUGUAUUUCUCAACUAAUUUAAUUUACAUUAAAAACAUUAAAUGUAUAAUUUCGUGAGACAUACUAAAUUACUUAUUAUGUUUUCGGCUUACUCACGUUUGACGAGGAACUCGACUAGUUUCAAGGCAUACUAGAGGCUCAAAUUCAUGUGUAGCAUUCCGCGACACAUGAUGCGGCGAUUGUCGCGCUGCUAUUGGCCGAAGCCGCAUGGCUUGAAACUAGCCGAGUUCCUCGUCAAACAGUUACGUGAAUAAGCCGAUAACAUAAUAAUUAGUAUUAAAUAUAACUUAAAAAUAUUAAUGUUAAACCAACUUAUGUCCACUUUCAGUCUUUUUCUUCUUACAUAAUUCUUUAUGCCACAAUAUCGUUCGUCUUGUAAUAACACAUAGAUGGUGAGAAUUAUAGUUAUAUACCAAAGAUUUUAUUGGAAAUAGUUGCAGAAAAGAAGAUUUUCUAUAGAUAAAAUUACAUGAUUGUAUUAUAUUUGAGGACGAACCAUUUGUUAUGUAUUUCACGUUAGUUGGGCAAGAUGAGUAUAUAUCGAUAGUACAUUUGACUCAAUACUUUGUUUUAAAACAUUGUCAAAAUUUCUUGAAGAAGAAAAUUAAUAAGAAAACCGGAACACUUGCGGAUUAAACGCCCGGCAGUUCUCGACUUACCGGCAAGCCUCGGAGGCUACUUUUUUCCUAAAGUGGCGCGCGUGCGCAUAUCAGCUUCCACCUCAAGGCGGUGUCGACGUGCGCGUCAGUUUAAAUACCUAUCCUAAUGUUAAGUUAGUCAUCAACCACUACUUAUAAGUUUUUUAAACAUAAAAAUUAGAUAUAUUAUACAAUUCCUAUCAUCAGUGAUUUAUUAUAAUCGCACUAAAACUAUAACAUCUUGUCAUCAGACAAACCUAAUACUAUCAGUAUAAUAGUCAAGAAGUCAAAUCCCGUGUCACAAUAUAACGACUUUAUGAUAUAAUAUUUUAUGUAUGUAUUCAAUGUUCGGUGUGCCCAACUAUGUUAAACUGUUCAAUUCGCACAAAGUGUGUACAAACGUUUUGUAUAUUUAUAUACAGCGUGAAUUUUAAAUAACUGCUCUCCCAAUUUAGAAAGAUUUGAUCUCAGUGGAACCGUCUAUUUAGGAACAAUUAUGAAUAAUUAUUUGGUUCUGAGACAAUGACCUCACGACCAGCCUAACCGCUUCCACCCACCUAUUGACAUAAAAGGGAUGAUGAUUAUUUUUUAUUUCUAUGUAACUAUAUCCUUCUGGUAGAUCAAUUCAAAACAUCGAACUGGAAUCAAAAACUUUAGACGAUAAAUAUUAUAACAUAUUAUGUAUAAUAUUGAUUUGAAAUAACAUAUGAUGUCACGAUUGCGUGGCAUAUCGAGCUCGGCUUAUCUAAGUAUUGUUUUUUUUUUUAAUGUCUAAUAUUUUGACUGGCGCAUUAAAAAACUGUAAUUUUAUAUCUUGUUAUCAUCCUGACAAGAUAUUUUAAUUAUCUAUUACUAUUGGUUCGAAGUCGCUAUCAAGUUUAUUUUUCACUACCAUUAUUAAAAAUGUUUUUUUUAAUUCUUACAAAACAAGACAUGUUAUAGUAGUACAUUCUAUUAAAAAAAUAUAAGUGUUGGGAAAACGGUAAUGAGAAAUUCACGCUAUAUAUUAUAUGUAUAAUAUCUAAUUAUGUACAUAGAUUAGGUAGCUCAAUACAUUAAAUAUAGACGGAAGAUGAUUUUUAGCCAAAUUUUACGGAGAUAUAAAAUAAACAUAUUUGUGGAAUUGAAUGUUGAUAUUAUGUAUUACAUUUUGUAUGGAUGAAUUAAUUAAAUGGCUUUAAAUGUG